UUUUUACUGGAAGUGUCACUGUGUGUGUACGUGCGCGUGAUGACUCAAGCUGUCUCCGCCUACCACCUUCUUCUCGGUUUGUUUCUCUGGAAGCAAUUAAUAACGACGUAAACGCCCUGCGGUGCCGUGUUCGUGUUCGUGUCCGUGUACUGUCGUGUCGUGUCACCUAAAAUAACGUCGGCAGGUGAACAACAUCUGACGUCACAUCGGACCGCGUGCACGCGCUGCGACUCUCGAGCGAAAGCCGGAAGCGACUUUUAACCAUCGACUCCAAAGCAACGAGGAAGUCACGACCAGCGAACUUACUUUUUUUUUUAAAUUUUUUAAAACUUCUUCAUCUUUAGCCUUCCAAGUCCACUUUUGAAGAAAACAGGCUUGGUUCGGAAAGCUAUUUCCGGACCGCCCAGUGUGUUCUGGUGCACCAGAGGAGACCAUUAAGCCUUUUUAAUGUUUGAACUGUACACGAACUGAAGCUUGACCAUGGCCCAGUGGAAUCGCAUGAGCCAAUUGAUACAUUACCUUCCGGUUCCCACCAUGAACGACCUCUACCCUGCAGCCACCUUUGCCAUUGAAGUGCGGCACUUUUUGUCUGACUGGAUUGAGGAACAAAGAUGGGAGGAGUUUGCAUUGGAGAACGUGGAGCAGGAGGCAAACGCUCGGGCUCUCUUAGACGAGGUCAUCCUCCGGCUGCAGUCGUUUUCGCUGCAAAACGCCAAUGUGGUGGACAAAAUGAAGCUGAUGCAGAUUAGUAGGAACAUGCACAGCAUGUUUCAGCAGCAGUCGCUACAGUUUGUAGUGAUGGUGAGGGACACCCUGCGCAAAGAGAGGGUUCUGCUCGACACUGUAAACAGCCCUCCACAGUAUCCUCUAUAUGGCACCAGGGAAUCCACAUUCCCCAAACAGCAGGAUGUAGAUCACUUGGUUCUCAAAGUGGUGGAGGUCCGGGACCUGCGAAAGAAGAUACACCAGCUGCAGGAAGAGCUUAAUUGGGAGAGGCAGAACUAUGAGUCUUUGCAAGGUAGGAGGCAACAGAAUGGACUGGAUCCCACAGCCUCAGAAAUCAAUAAACUACAGAAACACAUCCAGCAGCUGGAGUACAAUGUAACCGCCAUGGCAACGAAACGUUUCCAGCUGCUCAAUGAGUGUGUGGACUGUCUGGACCAGUGUCAGGCACAACUACUCGGCAGGCUAAAGACUUGGAGGUGGGAGCAGUACAAGGCCACCAUCGGACAUCCUUUUGCUGAUGACCUCAAUAUCUUGCAGAUGCGGUGUGAGCAGCUUCUUGGUGUAAAUGGCAAUCUGAGGCAAGAACUAAUGAUCAUAGGGGACCCAAUCCCAGAGCUGCAAGAAAGGCUCAGACAACUUCUGCAGGUUCUUGUUCAAAGCUCUUUUGUGGUGGACAAGCAGCCCCCUCAUGUCAUUAAAACACAAUCCAAGUUCUCCACUACUGUGCGCUACCUGCUAGGGGAGAAAGUCGCAUCGGGGAAGCCUGUGGUGUUGAGGGCACAAAUUAUUAAUGAAAUGCAGGCCAGAAGCUUGAAUAUUACACUCAGUGAUAAUGUUGGAGAAGUAAUCAAUAACACAGCCAUUCUUGAACACAACACAGCCACCAAGAGCACAUGUGCCACCUUCAGAAACAUGUCCAUCAAGAAGAUCAAGAGAGCAGACAGGAAGGGAUCAGAGUCUGUGACUGAGGAGAAAUUUGCCCUCCUCUUCUCAACAGAGAUCACCAUCACAGGCUGUGACACUCCUUACAAGAUACAAAUGAUCUCGUUGCCAAUAGUUGUUAUUGUACAUGGCAGCCAAGAAAAUAACGCAAUGGCUACCAUCAUAUGGGAUUGUGCUUUUUCCGAACCAGACAGAGUGCCAUUUGUGGUGCCAGAGCGUGUCCCCUGGAAAGUCAUGUGUAACACUCUCAACAGUAAGUUCACUUCUGAGGUCCAGACAAAUCAUAACCUUCACCACUACAAUCAGCACUUCUUGGCCCAGAAAAUAUUUGAUAAGCCAGAUUUUAACGAUGACUUCAGCAACAUGAUGGUUUCCUGGCCUCAGUUCAAUAAGGAAGUGCUCCCCGGACGACUGUUUACUUUCUGGCAGUGGUUUGAGGGAGUGAUGGAGUUAACCAAAAAACAUCUGAGAACAUAUUGGAGUGACGGGCUCAUAUUUGGUUUCAUUGGCAAGCAGCAUCUACACCUGAUUCUCAAAGCCAGGCCCAACGGAACAUUUUUGCUUCGCUUUAGCGACUCUGAGAUUGGAGGCAUCACCAUUGCUUAUGUUUCUGCAGCUGAGAAUGGUAGACAGAUCAUUCAAAACAUCCAGCCCUUCACCAAGAAGGAUCUUGAAAUCCGUAGCCUUGGUGACAGCAUUCGAGACAUCAAUGACAUAACGUUUCUCUACCCUGACUUUCCUAAACAUGAAGUUUUCAAAAAGUACUAUUCAGAGCCUCAAACUUUAACCAGUGCAGGCUACAUCCCUUUCUCACUCCGCAUGGAGGCUGGCUCAGAGGCACCUAAUGGUGCCAAUAUGGCACAACACACCGAAAGUCACCACAAUGCGGCCGGGUAUUCACUGGUAGCUGCAGCGAGCUUAACCAAUAUGACGCAUCAUGCUGAAAGCUCUCACAAGCCUGUUGGAUAUACUCUGGAGACUGGCCCAGUUGUGCCUCUUGUUGCCAAUAUGGCUCCUAUAGCUGAAAGCCCCCACAACUCUGUUGGGUUUACAAUGCAUCAGUUCCAGCAAUUCAGCCCUGCAGAGUCGCUCGCAACGGACCAGAUGGAGACCUCGGAGUCUCCUGCUGUAGAAUUCAGUUCGAACUCCCCCUCUGUCUUCAAUGAUGACGUGUAGGGCCACAGAGGAUAUGGGCCUAGUCUUGGACAGUCUUCUGAGUUAUUCCUACGGAGAUUAGAGGACAUGGCAUUGUUGUCGUUUGGAGCGCGUAAACAAAACAUUCUGCCUUUGAGGAAAUUCCGCAGCCAGCCUUCACAAUCAGACUGGCAGGUAAAUCGAUUUAGGGCUGCAUGAAAGAAAAAAAAGUAGUGACUCUUUUUACCAACUCUUUGGCGAUUGGUUAUUUUUUAUUAUUGAACAGAUUACUCAACAUUUUACUUAAUGUGUCGCACUUAUGAAAAUGAAAUGAUAAAGAAAUUCAUUUUAA